AUGGGAAUCUGGAAUAACUAUGAAAAACACACUGAAAUAAUUGUGUUUGACUGGAACAAAAUUCUUGCAAAGUCCCCAAGGAUGAGAUUCUGUGCCAAAUCAAUGCUUCUAUCUGACUGGCUCUUUCUGGUCUAUGUGUUAAUGGUCUGCUGUAAAUUGUUGUCCGCCUCUAGCCACCAUCCCCGGGGGCACACAGGCCAGCACCAAGUCAAGCAAGGGACAUGCGAAGUUGUGGCAGUGCAUCGUUGCUGCAAUAAGAACCGGAUUGAAGAACGAUCGCAAACAGUUAAGUGCUCCUGCUUCCCAGGGCAGGUGGCUGGUACGACAAGGGCUCAGCCCUCGUGCGUGGAAGCUUCCAUUGUCCUACAGAGGUGGUGGUGUCAUAUGAACCCCUGUUUGGAUGGAGAGGACUGUAAAGUACUACCAGACUAUUCAGGUAACACGGUAGCAAAGAAUAAACCUGUGGCUCCCUGCCAGAACAAUGGCAUGUGCAACUGUUGCUUGGCUGUUACACAGAGACCCUUUUUUGUGAUGAUGCUAUUGACUUAA